AUUCACAGGGCUGUGGCCGGAAGACGACGAGCAAAAACCCCAGCUUCUGCUGAAUCUGCUAUGGCUCCUCCGGCACAAUCUCAACGAUCUCCAUCACCUUCUCAACCUUCUGGAAAAGGUGAAGUCUCAGAUCUAAAGUUGCAGCUCCGGCAGCAUGCUGGCAGCCGGGCACCAGGUGCUGAUGAUGCAAAGCGGGAGCUGUUCAAGAAGGUGAUCUCAUACAUGACAAUUGGCAUUGAUGUGUCGUCGCUUUUUGGUGAGAUGGUGAUGUGUUCAGUGACAUCUGACAUUGUUCUGAAGAAGAUGUGUUAUCUCUAUGUUGGGAACUAUGCUAAGGGAAAUCCUGAUCUUGCACUUCUAACGAUCAAUUUCCUUCAGAAGGAUUGUAAGGAUGAGGAUCCAAUGAUUCGUGGGCUUGCUCUGAGGAGUCUUUGUUCGCUGCGAGUGGCGAAUUUGGUGGAGUACUUGGUGGGUCCCUUGGGAUCAGGGCUGAAAGAUAGUAAUAGUUAUGUAAGGACGGUGGCAGCUAGUGCAGUUCUGAAAUUAUAUCACAUAUCAGCUUCAACAUGUGUUGAUGCAGAUUUUCCAGCAAUGCUUAAGCAUUUAAUGCUUAAUGAUCCAGAUACUCAAGUAGUUGCAAAUUGUUUAUCAUCUCUACAAGAGAUCUGGAGCUCAGAAGCAAGUACCUCUGAGGAAGCAUCCAGGGAGAGAGAAGCUUUGCUUAGCAAGCCAGUGAUAUAUUACUUUUUGAAUCGGAUCAAGGAAUUCAGUGAAUGGGCACAGUGUCUCGUACUUGAGUUGGUCGCUAAUUAUGUACCUUCAGAUAACAGUGAAAUAUUUGACAUUAUGAAUCUCCUGGAGGAUAGACUUCAGCAUGCAAAUGGUGCUGUUGUCCUAGCAACGAUCAAGGUGUUUCUACAAUUGACCUUGUCCAUGGCUGAUGUUCAUCAGCAGGUGUAUGAACGGAUUAAAGCCCCUUUGCUUACCUUAGUGAGCUCAGGAAGUCAAGAACAAUCUUAUGCAGUUUUAAGCCACCUUCAUCUCCUGGUGAUGCGGGCACCCAUUCUAUUUUCCUCCGACUACAAACACUUCUAUUGCCAGUACAAUGAGCCAUCUUAUGUUAAGAAGUUGAAACUCGAAAUGUUGACUGCAGUGGCAAAUGAGAGCAAUACUUAUGAAAUUGUGACGGAAUUAUGUGAAUAUGCUGCAAAUGUUGAUAUUCCCAUUGCAAGAGAGUCAAUCCGGGCUGUUGGGAAAAUAGCACUGCAGCAGUAUGAUGUGAAUGCUAUCGUUGAUAGGCUUCUUCAAUUUCUUGAGAUGGAGAAGGACUAUGUGACUGCUGAAACUCUGGUGCUUGUAAAAGAUCUGCUAAGGAAAUAUCCACAAUGGAGUCAUGAUUGCAUUGCCGUUGUUGGGAAUAUCAGCAGCAAAAAUGUUCAGGAGCCCAAGGCCAAGGCAGCUCUUAUAUGGAUGUUGGGGGAAUAUUCUCAGGACAUGCAUGACGCUCCUUACGUUUUAGAAAGUGUAGUUGACAAUUGGGAUGAUGAGCAUUCUGCCGAGGUUCGAUUGCAUCUUCUUACAGCAGUACUCAAGUGUUUCCUGAAAAGGCCUCCUGAGACUCAGAAAGCAUUGGGAGCUGCAUUGGCUGCUGGUCUUGCUGAUUUUCACCAGGAUGUUCAUGAUAGAGCCUUAUUCUACUACAGGCUUUUGCAAUACAAUGUAUCUGUGGCAGAGCGUGUUGUGAACCCUCCAAAGCAAGCUGUUUCAGUCUUUGCAGAUACUCAAAGCAGUGAAGUCAAAGAUCGCAUAUUUGACGAAUUUAACAGUCUAUCUGUUGUAUAUCAAAAGCCAUCUUACAUGUUUACAGAUAAGGAACACCGGGGCCCAUUUGAGUUCUCAGACGAACUUGGAAGUCUAUCUAUUGGGGCAGAUUCUGCAGAUAAUGUCGUUCCAGCUCAGAGAGUUGAGGCAAAUGACAAGGAUCUGCUUCUAAGUACUUCAGAGAAGGAAGAAAGUAGAGGUGCCACUAACAAUGGUUCUGCUUACAAUGCUCCUAUGUAUGAUGGUACUUCUAUGCCCACAGGUGCUUCACAAUUGCAAUCUGAACUGGCAAUUUCAAACACAAUGGUACCAUCCCACUCUCCAUCAUCAAGCUUGGCCGUUGAUGAUCUGCUCGGUCUAGGUGUACCACUUGCACCUGCAUCUCCUCCUCCUCCUCCUCCUCCUUUGAAGCUUAAUGAAAAAGCUGUUCUAGAUCCAGGCACCUUUCAGCAAAAAUGGCGCCAACUACCAAUUUCUUUAUCACAGGAUUACAGCAUGAGUCCUCAAGGAGUUGCUGCAUUGACAAGACCUCAAGCCUUCCUCCGGCACAUGCAGGGCCACUCCAUCCACUGCAUUGCCUCAGGUGGUCAAGCCCCAAACUUCAAGUUCUUUUUCUUCGCGCAAAAAGCAGAAGAACCGUCAACCUUUCUUGUAGAGUGUAUAAUCAACACUUCAUCAGCUAAAGGACAAAUAAAAAUCAAGGCCGAUGAUCAAAGUAUGUCACAGGCCUUCUCAACUUCAUUCCAAUCAGCCUUGUCUAAAUUCGGAACAACAUAGUCAUCAUGCAGAUAGGUCUCUCUCCCUCUCCCUGAGUGCCCAGCUGAACAUAGGUAUUCCUCGAAGGUUCUUUGUUGUAAUGCUCCUCCAGGAGGAAAAAUGAAGAAAAGGAAAAUAAAGUAUCAAGAAAAAAAAAAAAAAAGUUUUACAGACGUUUUUGCUGCGGUGGUUUAAUGUAUAAUUCGAGUGAAGAUGGGGAAUGUUUUUGUUCCCCCUGAUCUCAGAACCCGGUUUUUCUCUCAGAUUCUGUUAGGAUAUGUUUGAUCAGCUUCAGUUCUGUAUUAAUUUUAUCAUUUCUGCAUUUAGGCAUCUCUAUACCUUGACACAUCA